CACUGGCGGGAGUUUCACUUUCGGUUUCCUGACACCCUCGACGACGUGCGUCAUCCGCAGCAAUGAAGUGGCACCUGAAGCUGGCAGCGUUGAUGGUAACGGCCGUAGCGAUCGUGGCGGCAGUUCCCCGUGAAGGUUUCGGACCCGGCAUGCAGGACUGGGGAUUCGCCGAGGUGCGCCCGGGAGCGCACAUGUUCUGGUGGCUGUACUACACGAGCGCCGACGUUCCGAGCCACGCCGACCGGCCGCUGGUGAUCUGGCUGCAGGGAGGCCCCGGAGCGUCCUCGAUGUACGGCAACUUCGAGGAGCUCGGCCCACUGACGCUCGAGCUGGAACUGCGGAACCACACGUGGGUGCGCGACUACAAUGUCCUGUUCAUCGACAAUCCGGUCGGGACGGGGUUCAGCUACGUGGAGGACAUGUCGCUGCUGACCAAAACGAACGGUGAGAUCGCGGACGAUCUGGUGGAGCUGAUGAAACAGUUCUACCAGCUGCAGCCCGAGUUCCGCUCCACGCCGCUCCACAUCUACGCCGAAAGCUACGGGGGCAAGAUGGCGCCCGAGUUUGCGUACGUCCUGCACAAGGCGAUCGAGAACGGAGAGAUCGACUGUAACCUGCAGUCGGUGGGCAUCGUGGCACCGUGGGUUUCGCCCAUCGACUCGGUGCUGUCGUGGGCCGAGUUCCUCCUCAACAUGGGCUUCGUCGAUACGAAGGGCUACCGGACGAUCCAGGCGUCGGCGAUCGAGACGCAGCACGUGCUCAACCUGGGCCAGUGGGAGGAUGCCACCAACCUGUGGGGCUACACCGAGAACGUGAUCCUGCGCGAGACCCAUGGUAUCGAUUUCUACAACGUGCUGUUCAAACAGGACGCCGCCAGCACCCGGGCACAGCUGGAGCGGUUUUCACGCGACAUGAGAAGUGCCAUCGCGUACCGAGCGACACGCCUGGCGUCGGAAGAUCGCGAUCAGAUGCUCGAGGAUCUGAUGCGGUUGGAGGUGGCCCCGGCCUUGGAGCUACCGGCCGAAUCCGUGUACGGUGCGCAGGGUGGCAGAGUGUUCAACGUGCUGAGCGGUGACUUCAUGAAGCCGGCCAUCGACGUGGUGGAGUUGCUGCUCAACAAUACCAGUCUGGAUGUGGUCAUCAUUACGGGGCAGCUUGACCUGAUCGUUGCCACGCCCGGUAACGUGAAGUGGAUCGAGAAGAUUCAGUGGGACGGGCGGAACGACUACCUGCAGGCCCCUCGGAACGCGGUUGGCCAGCACGGUGUGCUGGAGGGCUACGAGAAGAGCCACGGUAAACUGGCCGUCUACUGGGCGCUCCGGGCUGGCCACAUGGUACCGGCCGACAACCCGAUUCUGAUGGACUACAUACUGCAGAAGCACGUGCCGGUUUGAGAGGAGACAGGGGUUGCCAAGUGCGAAUUAACUUCAGACCAAACGGCUAUCGAAAUCGAAACAGAGAAACUUACU